AUGCCGACCGCCGAACAUCCAGUGUUCUUCCCGAGCCCUGGGAUGCAGGUUCUGAGCGCCCUCAUUCACUUUUUCGGUCUCACUAUCAUCUCGCAUUGCAUCUCCCGACGAGUCCAGUAUGAAAGCCUGACCUUCAACGGCAUCCGAACUAUGCCUUGGCCCCGUCUUUCCGUCAUCCUCAUGUUUUGCGAUUCCUGGUUGUUCAUGCUCUCAAGCGGUAUUCUGGUGUUUGGAGUGGGACUGGAGUAUUCGAAGGCGGUUUGCACGACAGCCAUCUAUCUCUGCAUCUUCUUCUACUCGACGUCGAAGUUUUUCCUGUAUGCCUUCCUUGCCGAGAAAGUCCACAUCGUCUGGUCACCGACAGUCGGCGGGCGACGUUUUGAGUCACCGGUGUAUCUCGUUUGUCUUGUGUCGGUGUCAUUGUACUGCAUAGUAAUAACUCUCAUGCUUGGAGGUCCCAUCCAUGAAACCGCUUCAAACGGAGCUUGCGUGACUGGUCUGAAGCCCUUGGCCUCCAUUCCCCUACUGGUAUACGACGUAUAUAUCAGCAUGUUUCUGACGUUCCUAUUUUUGUUUCCCCUCCUACGAUCACAAAUGAUGAGCUCGACCGUUCGCCGACUCAGCAUUCGGACAUUGAUAGCUGCCGUUAUUGCCCUGACCACAUCAACUAUCAACGUCGUCAUGAUUAUUGUCUUCAAAGGCCGGGAGCUGGGAUGGGUAAAUCUGAGCGCAUGCGGUGCAGAUAUCAUCAUAAAUGCCGCCGCCGUUUUCUGGGUGUCAGGCAGCAAACAUGGUAGGCAGCAGCAGCAACAUAUCGGCUCGAGUGGUCUGCCGCCAGAGCGCGGUCGCGGAAGGCAGCUCGACCCUUUCAGCGUUGGCGCCGUUGAAAGUCUACACUUUGCUACCAGCACCAAAGCAUCAGCCAUUGAUAGCCCACAAGCUGACGUCGAGAGCCCGCCUCCACCCGUUCCUGCAUUCCGUGAACCACCGCAAAACUUCUCUCCACACGUCUCCUAUCCGUAUUUCCGAGGCGAACUGGAACGUAACCUCGGGACGCAGCCAACCCGCGUUCAACGCCAGAACUCUUGGUUCCGGCGGAUGCUUACUGGUGAGGCGAUGAGUGACGCGCCGGCCGUCAGGAUUACUGUUACUCGGGAAUUCGACCACCAGCCCUCGCAGAUUGGUCUGCAGGCUAAAGACGACUCAAAAUCCGAUAUCCAUGAAGACAAAUCGUCUUCUUGCGAUCCAUCAUGA